AUGUUCCCCGUCAGGCCCAGCAGCCCCGUCGGGGUGGAGGAGGAGGAACCAGCCGACAAUAACCUGGGAUUCAUAAGCCGAAGCCAGGGGCGGCCGCCUGAGGGGAGCGGAGAGGCCGCGGCCCGGUCCGCCUCUUCCCCUUCCUUGCUGCAGCCCAGCGACCUCUCCUCCAGCCCUUCCCGCCAAUCCCGCGAGCUGUGCAACACCCGCGAACUGGGCAACUCCCAAGAUCCUCACAGGCCUUUUCUGACAGAGGCUGCAGGCUUGGUGACAGCAGAGGCCUCAGCAGCAACGUCAAGCUCGGGAGAGCUCGCGUCCCAGGCCCAAGGUGAGCGGAGCUCCAGAUGUCCCCGCGUCUCGACCUCUCCCCAAGACUCACCCAUGGCCCAGUCCAUGGCCGUCGCUGUGGCAGCCUGCCCUUCUGCCCUCACCACCUUCCCCAGGCGUGUCGCUGCCGCGGCCUCCGGCUCGGCCCCCCCAAAGCCCAGGCGGGUGGGGAUGACCGGGCACCCAGUGGGCAUCCCGCUUUUCCGUUGGCUAGAGAGCCGCAGCCUGGGCCGAGGGAACUAUGUAGACCCGGCCCGAGACAACUUCCGCAUGAUGACCAGGGUGUACAAAUCCAUCUACCACACAGACUCGCUGUACCUCAACACCCGCACCCACGGCGCGGUCUUCAACCUGGAGUACUCUCCCAAUGGGUCAGUGUUAACAGUUGCUUGUGAACUGAGUGAAGUUCUUCUUUUUGACCCCAUAUCUUCAAAGCAUAUAAAAACGCUUUCUGAAGCGCAUGAAAACUGUGUAAAUAAUAUCAAGUUUCUGGAUAAUAGACUGUUUGCAACAUGCUCCGAUGACUGUACAGUAGCCCUUUGGGAUCUGAGAAAAUUAAACUCUAAAGUGUGCACUUUACAAGGUCAUACUAGCUGGGUGAAGAACAUUGAGUAUGACGUUAAUACAAGACUCUUAGUUACGUCAGGAUUCGAUGGAAAUGUCAUCAUUUGGGACACUAACCGGUGCACAGAAGACGGGUGCCCACACAAGACAUUCUUUCAUACCCGUUUUCUUAUGCGCAUGAGGUUAACUCCAGACUGUUCCAAAAUGCUGAUUUCAACCUCUUCUGGUUAUCUUCUGAUUUUACAUGAUCUUGACUUGGCAAAAUCUUUAGAUGUUGGAAGCUAUCCAAUUAUGAGGGCAGGAAGCAGAGCAUGGAGUUCCGGUGCGGCUACUUCUGCAAGUUCAUCUGCUCCUAGAGCUGCUGGUUCAUCUUCUCGUGAUGGAGAUUCUGGUUCAUUAUCUGAGCAAAAUGUGUCAAGAUCCUCUCAAGCAGAAAGUGUGUCACCUCGUAAUAGUUUUGAAAUUUUAAUACCAGAUGUUCCUUUUGGGAGGCGUCGUGGUAACUGCAUUACAUCUUUACAACUACAUCCUAAAGGUCAGGCUGCCCUUUUACGGUGUUCCAGUAGUAUAGAUGAUCAGGAAUGGACCUGUGUCUAUGCAUUCCAAGAUGGGCCUCCAGUACGACCCAUUUCUCCUCGUUAUUCUCUCAGACUGACUCAUUAUAUUGAGGAAGCUAAUGUAAGCAAUGGGUACAUCAAAGAGCUUUGUUUCAGCCCUGAUGGUCGACUGAUUUCUUCCCCACAUGGCUAUGGGAUCCGCUUAUUGGGAUUUGACACCCAGUGCAAUGAACUUUUUGACUGCUUACCCCACAGAGCCAGGCCCUUGCAGGAAAUUCAUUCUCUCUACUCUCACAACGAUGUGGUUCUGACAACCAAAUUCUCUCCCACACAUUGUCAGAUUGCCUCCGGGUGCCUUAGUGGAUGCGUGUCUUUGUAUCAGCCAAAGUUUUAG